AUGGGCACGGCCGAGCAUGCCGACCUGACGACCAAUCUUCAGGCCAAAAUCAAGAAUCCGCUUGAGGGAAUCCCCCGCGAGCAGUUGAUGCGCGAUGUCGAGGCCUGGACCGAGCAGAAGGGUCUGCAGGAGCACGUCGAGAUCUUCAAGAAGGGCGCCCUCGUCGCCCAGAACCCGGCCAAUGCUCACAACAUCGACGGCCCCCAGAAGCUCACCGACCGCGAGCUCGAGGUCCUCGAGCGCGAAGUGACCCAUCGCUGGGACAUGCCCCGGAAGCUCCUCAUGACCAUCGCAACCUGCUCCAUCGGCGCCGCCGUCCAGGGCUGGGAUCAAACUGGCUCCAACGGUGCAAACAUCUUCUUCCCCGACGUCUAUGGUAUUGGUGGCGACAGCACUCGCGACCGUCUCUUGGUUGGUAUCGUCAAUGCUGGUCCAUACAUUGGUAGCGCGUUCAUCGGUUGCUGGCUCUCUGACCCCAUCAACAACUACUUCGGUCGCCGCGGUGUCAUCUUCUUUGCUGCUCAUUUCUGUAUCUGGCCCGUCAUCGGAUCCGCCUUCAGCCACACCUGGGAACAACAACUCGCCAACCGCCUGCUCAUGGGUAUCGGAAUGGGAGCCAAGGCUUCAACAGUGCCUAUAUACGCCGCCGAAAAUGCCCCUGCCUCGAUCCGCGGUGCGCUGGUCAUGUCAUGGCAAAUGUGGACCGCCUUUGGAAUCUUCCUCGGAACCGCCUUCAACCUCGCCGUGUACAACGUCGCCGACAUCAACUGGCGCCUGAUGCUUGGAGCUCCCUUCCUCCCUGCCGUCCCCCUGCUUCUCCUCAUCUACACCUGCCCUGAGUCUCCCCGUUGGUACAUGAAGAAGGGCCGCUACCCUGAUGCUUGGAAGUCCAUGCUCCAGCUCCGCCAUGAUGCCAUCCAAGUCGCCCGCGAUAUGUACUACAUCAGCGCCCAGCUUGAUAUCGAGAACGAGCUCAUUGGAAAAACCAACUACGUCAGCCGAUUCACCCAGCUUUUCACCAUCCCCCGUGUUCGCCGAGCCAACCUUGCCGCCUUCACCGUCAUGAUUGCCCAGCAGAUGUGCGGUAUCAACAUCAUCGCCUUCUACUCGACCACCGUCUUCAAGGAUGCCGGCAUGUCCGACUUCAAGGCCAUGCUUGGAUCUUUCGGCUUCGGUCUCGUCAACUGGCUGUUUGCCUUCCCUGCCUUCUGGACCAUCGACACUUUUGGCCGACGUACCCUUCUUCUGUUUACCUUCCCUCAGAUGACCUGGACCCUCUUGGCUGCUGGUCUCUGUACCCUGAUUCCCGAGAGUGCUGGAGAUGUCCGCACCGGCCUGGUUUGUCUUUUCGUCUUCAUGUUUGGCAUGUUCUACUCCCCCGGCGAAGGCCCCGUUCCUUUCACCUACAGUGCUGAGGUCUACCCUCUUUCCCACCGAGAGACUGGCAUGGGCUUUGCUGUGGCCACUUGCCUCUUCUGGGCUGCUAUCCUUAGCACCUCAUUCCCCUUCCUGCUCGACAAAUUCAGCGUCGUCGGCGCAUUCGGUCUCUAUGCUGGUUUCAACGUCAUCGCCUUCAUCAUGAUCUUCUUCUGGGUCCCUGAGACCAAGCAGCGAACCCUUGAGGAACUCGACUGGGUCUUUGCUGUGCCCGUUCGCCAGUUCGCCAGCUACCAGCUCAAGGUUGCUCUCCCCCACUGGUUCAAGCGCAACAUCCUCUGGCAGCGCCACGCCAAGAAGGAGCCUUUGUACCACUUCGAGCAUGUUGCCAACCUCACCCCCGGACACUCGGAUAUUGAGUCUCCUGCCGACAGCGACCGAAAGAUGUCGUAA